AUGUGGUUAUUUACUAACAAGGAUUCAGAUGGUUUACUAGGCUCAGCUACAUCACUAGGCUUAAGUUUCACUCAUGAUCCCGUCCCAGGAUUUUGCAUUGAUCCGCCUAAUUCAGAACCUUUAGGAUCAAUCCAUGGUCCAUACAAUAUGACAUGGCGACUACUUCCAGGUCAAAAGAAGAAAACCAAAGAGGAGGUUACCAUUUUUAUGUGUAAUCUCAAUUCAAACAAUGUAUCAAAUGAAACUGGAGCUAUUUCAUCUCUUUUUCAACGUACAGUUAAAUGGAUGAAAACAUUACGUCAUCCAAAUAUGCUUACAUGGUUAGGUGGUACAGAAAUUGCCUCAGGGAAAUUACCUAGUGAAUUUGGUUAUAUUACAGAACGUGUAUUACCAUUACGUGAAUACUUACGCUUUAAGGCAGAUUGUGGAAAUUUCAACCUACUAUCAUCAUGGGGUAUACAUCAGAUUGCUAAAGCGUUAGUUUUUUUAAAUGAUGAUGGGAAAUUGGCACAUAAUGGUGUAUGUUUAGAUAGCGUGUUUGUAACUACUGCAGGUGAAUGGAAAUUGGGUGCUUUAGACUUUGUUGGACCUGUAAAUGAACCACCACCGUCUGUAAGACAGACAGCUGAUUUUGCGAACCCAACAGAUCCAUAUAUUCCUUCAGAUGGUCGUCUUGUUGAUUCAUGGGGUUUAGGUUGUUUAAUAUGGGAAAUAUUCAAUCCAUCAUCAAUUUUAAAAGAUCGUAGUCAACUAACUGAAUCUUCAUGUAUAAAAAAUAUACCAAAAACAUUAAUUCCUGAUUAUCGACGUUUAAUAGCUUUCAGAAAAGGCGGUUUUCUAGCCAAUGACUAUGUUGAUACAUUAUUGUUUUUAGAGGAGAUUGAAUUGAAGGAUAGUCAGGAAAAGUCAACAUUUCUCAGAAAUCUUGCUACACAAGUGACAAGUUUUCCAGAUGAUGUAUGCCGACAUAAAAUACUUCCACAUUUAGUUAAUGGUUUACGUUAUGGAUCGGCUGGAAUUGAUGCUCUUCUACCUGUUCUACGUCUUAUACCAUUGUUAACAGAAAUUGAUUUUCAAUUAUAUGUAUUACCAUGUUUAUUGAAAUUAUUUUCAUCACCUGAACGUGUAACACGUGUACGCUUAUUAGAACAUUUACCCGAUUUUAUACAACAUAUCAAAACAAAAGUUAUUGAAACACAAAUUUUCACUUCAAUUUCUUCUGGUUUCACAGAUACACAUCCAAUUGUACGUGAAGCAACUGUACGUGCAAUGAUUCAUUUAGCGCCAAAACUUUCAAGUAAACUAUUGAAUGAAAAUUUAAUAAAACAUGUAACUACAUUACAAGCACGUGAUGAACAAGGCGGAAUUCGUACUAAUUCAACUGUAUGCUUAGCAAAAUUAGCACCACACUUUUCAACACAGACACAACGCGGUCCAAUGUUGAGCGCUUUUCUUCGAGCAACUCGUGAUCCAUUCCUACCUAAUCGUCAAGCAGCAAUAACUGCACUAGCGGCUACACAAGAAUAUUAUACAAAUGAUCUUUUGGCGGGGAAACUUCUACCUUGUCUAUCAUUUCUUACAACUGAUCCAGAGAAAUCAAUACGUGAUGAUACAUUUCGUGCUAUACAUGGAAUAUUGGACCGAUUAGAACAUGCAAGUGAAAAUCAUACAAUUCAUCAAUCAUCUGAUAAUCAAACAAUAGAUGGUAAUGAUAUUUCAAAUUCUUCACAUCAUAAUAAAACUGGGACAAUUACAGCUAGUGGAUUAACUCAAUGGGCUUUAUCUGCUUUAUCUUUUUCUACUCGUCUCUUACCAUCUUCAUCAAUAACAGUAGAAACAAUAAAAACUGGCUGUGAUAAACAAGUUUCUUCAAUUUCCACUUCCUCCUCCUCCUCCUCAUCAUCAUCAUCACAAAUGAAUAAAACAUUGAAGGUUCUAGAGAAAGAUGAUAAAACAUCAUGUAUGAAAGAUAAGUUGGUUAAUUCAAACAAAUGUAAUGUAGUUACUUUAUCGAAUUCAGUGUCAAAAACGUCAUCAAGCAUUCUAGAUACUGAGAAUAUUAAUGAAGAUGAUAAUAAUGUGAAUGUAGAUGGUGAUGAUGAUGAUGAUGAUGAUAACCAAUCAAAUUUGAAUGUUCAUUCGUUAACCAAUAGAAAUUCACAUCAGGAACCUGUUCCUGUUAUAUCUUCAUCUUAUUUAGGUGAUGAUGAUAACGCAAAAAUGAAACUUAAUUCUGAUUGGAAUACUGAUGCAUUCUUUGAUAAUUUUACUCUACAAGAAAAAGAGGUGAAUAUCAAUCAACAGUUAAAUAAAGUAAAUACUUCAAAGAGAAAAAAAUCUUCAAUAAAACAGUCAACUAAAAUAUCAUCUAAGCCUAUUUCAUCGCUUACAACUUCUUCGAUUCAUAUGUCUAUAGAACAACAAAAUAAUCAAUCUAUAUCUCAUGUUUUAGAUAAUAAUAAUAAUAAUAAUGAAAUAGAUGAUUGGGGUGAGUGGUAA